CACAUUUUGUGUGCAAAACAUUUGUUAUUUGGACUUAUCGCUAUCAUUUAAACAUUUAAGAAACAUAAAACUUUAGUUAUUUUGAAAAAUAUGAGUGAAGAGACUUAUGAAGAAAGGCAAAACAAUGAACUGGUUGCACUGCAGGCAAUCUACGGUGAAGCAGUUGUGGAUAUUCGUAAGAAAGCAGCAUGGAAUGGAUGGCGACCCUUGGACAUCCUGUUGACACUACAACCAUUGCACAAUUCGGAAGGUGUACACUGCUCUGCGACAUUGCAGUUUAAAUGCUGUCAUAACUAUCCUGAUAAACCACCCACAAUAACCAUUAACAAGAUGAAUGGUCUAUCUGAUGAGAAUGCGAAUAAAUUACUAGAGGAUCUCAAAGCUUUAGCACAGCAGUAUUGCGGUGAAGUGAUGAUAUUUCAAUUGGCACAACACACACAGCAAUUUCUUCAUGAUCACAAUAAACCGACGCUCUCCUUUUAUGACGAAAUGUUGAAGCAGAAAACGGAAAUGGAGAAGUUGAAGCAGCAUGAUAUACAAGUGAAGGAAAACGAAGAAAGACAAAAGAUGAAAGAUGAAAUUCAAAGGCGGCAAGAAACGUUACGUAACUCUGAUAGACGAGAUCACAGAUCCAGUUUGAACCAGUCGGAACCUGACAAUGAAGGGCAGGGGGAUGCCCCGAAAUUAUUAUACUAUGCGGAUGAUAAAAUGUCCCCCGCCAAGAAGGUGUCACGUAGUCCCAACACGCACGUACCGUGCACCUGUCACGCGAAAGGGACACAAAUUAUGCGCUACACACAGAGAAAUAAUAAGAAAGUGUACAUUGGUAACUGUUUAGGCCAUUCAGCCAACGGAUCGACCACCUACCUAGCGAUAGACGACGACGGUCAGCAAGUCAUCGCCAAGAGAUGGUGCCUCGCAUCCGCAGCCGACUUCCAGACGCGCAACAAGCAAAUCAACCAAAUACAACAAGAUCUGAAAGCGAUGUGCCGUAUAAAACACCAGUCUCUCGUCCCGUACAUAGCAAUGGAAAUAUCCACCGAAUCGAAGAGAGCGAGACAGUUCGUGUACAUUUUUCGCAGUUUCGUGCUUGGCAGCUCGUUGAAAUAUCUCCAGAACAAGUCUAGAACGUUCGGUGAUAUGUUGGAGGCGUUGAAGCUGGUGCGUCACAUAGCGUUAGGUGUGUUUAGUGCGUUGCGCGAAUUGCAUAGUGUCAAUGUGUUGCAUCGCGACGUGAGGUGUGAGAAUGUGUUCUUGGAGGACAGCGGUACUGUGAAGCUGGUUGGGGCGAGCUUGGAUAUACGGUUGGUGGAAGUGGUCGAUGGCGAUAGUUAUUGUGAUCGCCAGACGAAAGCGCAAGACAUUUUCGCCGCAGCACAACUAUUGCUUUCCAUAGUUUCUCCUGAUGCUAUACAUGAGAUUCCACCAGAGUUUCCCGGUUCAGCAAAGGAUUUCUUUUCGAGAUGUUUGACAGAAGAUGAACACACCCAGUGGUCGGCGGAGCAACUAGUCAAACAUGGCUUCCUAGUGGAUGCUCCAUUGAAAUUACCAACUAGCAAGGAUAAUAAUAAUGGAGACAGCGAGUCUGAAGAUGAAGACGGUGCCAAAAAAUUAAAUAAUAUAAGUACUCUAGUCAAUGGGCAUUCGAGACUGAACGCCGAGUUCGAAAUACUGACCUGGCUCGGCAAAGGUGCUUUCGGUGAUGUUUUAAAGGUCAAGAACAAACUAGACGGCGGUUUCUACGCGAUCAAGCACGUGAAAUUGAACCCUAAGAGUGUGGAAUUAAAUAAGAAAAUCACUCGCGAAGUGAAACUGUUAUCGCGACUCAACCACGAAAAUGUGGUGCGCUAUUACAAUGCCUGGAUCGAGACGAUCAUAAACACUGAAAUUGAGGAGACGAAUAUAUCGAAAAGCCCCGUGAGGAAAGAGGAUAGCCUAGCUGAUGUUGUGGCUAAGCUAGGACAGGGAGUUAAGGUCAAUUGGUCUAUGUCGGACGCUCCAGUCCAGGCGAGAGACGAAUCUUCGGAUAGCGAAGAGGACUCGAGUGAUGAUGAUGAUGAACCAGACCUUUGGUUCAAUAUUAUGAAUGGUGACGACGACUCCAGCAGCGUGAUAGAAUUCGAAGGGGCCUCCCAAAACUCUGAAUCCAUUCCAUCCGAAGACACCACAAUAUCAUCAGAACCUAGGCUCCAACAGGUCCUAUAUAUACAGAUGGAGUUCUGCGAAAAGAAUACUUUGCGACAGGCUAUCGAUAACGGCUUAUAUCAGGAGCAUUUUAGGGCUUGGAGACUUUUCAGGGAGAUUCUGGAAGGAUUAGCACAUGUUCACCAAAAGGGUAUGAUACACAGAGACUUGAAACCUGUCAAUAUAUUCUUGGAUUCGAAUGACCAUGUCAAAAUUGGUGACUUCGGUCUGGCUACUAAAGUGUUCACUGGCUUGCCGGUUGAUGAUAGAUUACAAGAUAGCAAAGAUACCGAUGGACUUCUUACAGGAAAAGUGGGAACAACAUUGUAUGUAGCUCCAGAACUACAGCAGUCAGCUACGAAAGUAAUAUACAAUCAGAAAGUGGAUAUAUACUCACUGGGAAUAAUUCUCUUUGAGAUGUUCCACUCUCCGUUCGAAACGGGAACGGAGAGAUUCACAGUACUGUCCAAUUUGAGGAAGAGAGAGAUUAAAAUGCCCUGCGACUUCGAAAGAGAAGAGAAUUCGAAGCAGAUACAUGUUAUAAGAUGGCUGCUAGACCACGACGCGAGUGUGCGCCCCACCAGCGCGGAGCUGCUGGCCAGCGAGCACGUGCCCAGAGCGGUGCCCGAGGGUGCGCUAUCUGGUCUCCUGUCCCACACACUCGCAGACAGAGGAUCCCGCGGCUACCAGAAGCUGGUCUCCGCCUGCCUGGACCAGCGCCCCUCGGCGGCUGAAGACUUCACAUACCAUACUGCUGUGAAGGCCAAACCGAUGGAUGUCCUGGGGGCUAUCAAGCAUGCUAUUGUUAAGAUAUUUCGCAGCCACGGUGCAAACGAGUUCUCGCCACCAUUGCUAACGCCCAGAGCGAGCCGAUGGGAGCAGUGCCCAAAUGCUGUCAAAGUUAUGACACUUUCGGGUUCCGUGUGCCAUUUGCCGCACGACUUGAGACUGCCAUUUGCUAGGCACAUUGCGUACUCGGGUACGAAGUACAUGCGUCGCUACGUCGUCGAUCGCGUGUACCGUGAAACGGAGAGGACUGCGAAGGGGUUCCAUCCGAGGGAAAUUAUCGAGUGCGCGUUCGACAUGGUCACACCGAAUACUGAUACCCUCUGGCCCGAUGCAGAACUGCUCGUAGUAGCGUACAGAGCUGCUACAGCGAGCUCGCUCAAGGUCUCCAUACAGCUGAACCAUACGGAGUUACUUAAAGCACUCUUACUCUCUUGUGGCGUUGCUUUAGACAAGCACUCGCUCAUAUAUCCAGUGUUGGUUGAUGUCAGUCUGGGACGCAUAACAAGUCUCCAACUGCAGACACAUUUAGCGACUCUAUGUGUCACCAACCGUGACAUAACCAAUCUCCUUCGACUGAUGGAGGCGAAUGUAGACAUCAAGCAAGUAAGAGAUCUCGUCGCGCAGGUGAGAAGAGAUAAGUGGAGUCACACGCUCGAACGCGCCGUGAGGGAAUUGGAGACGGUGUGCAAUGAUGCGACAGAAUUGGGGUGUGAGUGUCCAAUCACAGUGGCGCCGUUUCUGGCGUACAACGCGACGCAACAUCGCGGCAUAUUCUGGCAGAUGUCAGUGCUGAGACAGCACUCUAAGCCAGCUGCCAAACAUCGCACUAAAGACCUAAUUGCCGCUGGGGGGAGAUAUGAUAACCUCGUGGAAGAGUUCUGGAAAGUGGCCCGUGCUGAGAAGGAUCACGAUAAUACUGAAUUGGCGUGCAGUUCUGUCGGCUUCUCGCUGUCGCUGGAAAGAAUGGCGGCCAUCUUGAAGAAUUCGGAGCUAGAAGUGCCGUCUAUUGUUGCUAAAAAUUGCGAGCAAGAGCUAGUGUGCGUGUUAGUGUCGGGUGCGCAGGCGCGCUCGUGCCGCUCGCUGGCGCGCGCGCUGUGGGCGCGGCGCGUGCGCGCGGCGUGCUGGGCAGGCGCGCCCGCGGACUGCGCGCACGUGACGCGCGCCGCGCUGCUGCUGCGCCACGACCACGCCUACGUGCUCGCCACGUGCUGGGAGGGCGCCAGGCUACGCGAAUACAAAGUGGCGUUCAUAGAUGUAGUUGAUUUUGUGAAGCAAAAACUGAACCCAGAUACCUCAAUGCGGAAUCCUGAAUUUGGUGGCCGUGCGAUAAGUUGGAGUGAGAGCGAUAAGUCGAACAGUCCUUCCAUCUCUGUCACUUUCAUCACGGCCAGCGAGAGAAUCACUAAGAACUCCAAGCGACAUUGUGAAGUUCAGAUAAACAACCAAGUGACGUCGAUGUUAGUGCACCUGGGUUUGCAAAGCGUGCUGGGGCGCGUGCGCGUCAACGUGCUGGCGCUCGCGUGCGAGGCGGCCUGCGUGCGCCAGCUCGCCGCGCAGCUCUCCGCGCCGCUGCUCGCGCCGCACCUGCCGCACGCCUUCCGCCCCGCCUGCGCCGCGUUCAUAAAACGGCAGAACAUUCUGGAGGAAGCGUUAGACGAACUAACGAACCUCGUGAAGCAGAGCAGCCAGAGCAGAUCACCAGAAGAAAUCAUUUUAUACGCUCUGUACUCUAUACCAGACUCAUUGUGUCGAUUGAUCACUUGAUAUAUAUUUAAAGAAUCUUAUAACUAAAGUAAAAUUGCAAACCCGCCACUGUUUAGAACAUAAGAACACAUGGGCCGAAUUUCAUGUAUUUUAAAUAGUUGAGAAGUUUCCUGCUGGAUUUGAAUUUGAAUUAGAAAAAAAAGUUAAACUCUCAAAAAGAAAAUACAAAAUACACAUUGCCGACGUUUCUGACAUGAUUAUUGCCUUAUCAACUUUUUAAUUUUGAAAAAUAACAACAGCAUAAACUGAGUGUGUACUUACAUGCCCAAUUGAAAUGGCCUGUUCGUUGCUAUAAGCCGGCAGGGUAAACAGCAGUGACUAACGUCUAUCCAAAGAUGAUAUCUUUUCUGUGAUGUUACAGCUUAUAACGAAUUAUAACAUAUAAAAUAGGAGAAAGAAGAAAGAAAAAGCUCUUUCUUGAUGACUUCACCCUGAUCGAGUCUCAUAACAUAAGCAUGUUCAGAAAUAUUUCCUUAAUUAUAACAGGUGCUAUAA